CGGGAACUGCUGGUGGUGGGGCGGCGAGGAGGGCUGGAAGAAACUUUGUUGAUUAGUUCAAAAUGUAGCAGCAAGAAGGCCACAACUUUACAGACAGUUAGGAUGCCAAGGAGUAAUGUUUUGGACCGAGUACAGAGCUUUUUACCGCAGAUGGCCCAUGCAAAUGAUGAGCUGAGAAGAAAAAUGGUAACAGCACCAGCUCAUCAGUUUGAUAUUGAAAAUCUAGACACUGCAACAGAAAAAGUUAUAGAAAUGAAUGUGGCUGUAGUUGAACUGAGUGAUUCUGAUACGGAUGAAGAAAUACUAACUUCAGAAGAUGAAUCAGAAUCUGAAGAUGACUGUACAACUAAUGAAGUGACAAUAGACAACAUUAAGUUUCCUAAACAAAAAGGAGAAAAGGGCAAAAUAGAAAUCUUGGACAGCAAAGUGAAUGAGUAAAUCCAUUUUAUUUUACUUAAAACAACCCAACAAAACAAAACAACAAAAACCCAAAUCAUGUUUUCUUACUUUGAAGACUUGGCCCUUAAAACUACCUUGUUUCCCAAUGUGGCAUCAUCCCUCAGGAUCAUAUGAAAUGCCAUAGUUUACAUGGUGGAGAAUUCAGGAUCCACUCAUGACUGAGGCAGGCUGGAUUUCUGAAGAAUUAAGUGCGGUUUUAUUCAUCAAACAUGAAAAUGAACUUCAAAUUAGGUUAGACUAAGAAAGCAGCUAGAAUUUGGGGCACUUGGACUAGUUAAGUUAAAAUUCUUGUUCUGUUGCUUUGUUGAAGAAAGAUUUUUGUAGUGUGCCGGAAGUUUUUGCUUCAAGGGCAGGACAGAGUUAACUAGGGAAAAAAGCUUUGUUUUUUAUAUUCCAUGUCCUGUGAGGUGUUAUGUACAAUGUCUUCAAUAUUAAACAUUAUCUUAAAGUACAUUAGAGGUAUGUCUACAUUGCAUUCAUGACAAUAACUGUUGAACACUGAAGCAGUGGCUGAGGUCAUUUCAAGAUGAGCUAGCAUGGGUAAGGACAGCCAUGACUCACGAGGGAGUUCAGCAAAGGAUCACUUACCCUCUGUGCCUGCACUGAGCUCUCUAUCAUUACGGGUGGGUUACUAGCUCCUGUCUGGAACGUUUGUGGCUGGAGUGCAGAUACCCUUAGGACUUACUUACAGAGUCAGCUCUGCCUCUGUGGUGUUACAAUUGCUUUAAGCUACACUUUUCAUCUCCUACUUUCCCCGCCACGUUUCUGUCCUCUCCAUUUUGUUGACAACUGUCACUUCGGGAGAAUAAAAAGGUGAAUUUUCAGCUGGGCUGUACUUAUGUUAGCUUGAAACAAUUCUGAAACCAAAAUCCGUGAAAGUUAUGUCUCGUACUUGCCUCAGAUUGAUCAAAUACAAUGAUUUGGGCUGUUGUAUUUACUUCAUAGAUCGGUUUGCACUUCAGAAGUAUCUACCAUGCUCCUGGAUGUCAUCAUUUGUUUCUUAAAGGAACUUUAUAUUUUCUAUAUGAUUAAAGUAAAAUUUUCUAUAUUGUAUUUGCUCAGAUAUUAAUGU